AUGCUCGCGUUUCGUCGUGCUCGCAUGUCAUCGUCGUGCUCAUGUGUCGUCGUUGUCGCCGUCCUCAUGUGCCGUGCAUGGGUGGUUGCUGGUGUCGUGCCUGUCGUGGUGAGAACGGAGGAACAGGGUGGUGGGGCAUACGUACCCCUUGCCCAUGACGUUGCCACGUCAUGGGCGUUGUCCCUUGUCCUUGGUCCAUCGUUCCGCACUGGGGGUGUCGUUGUCGUUAGCGUGGGCGUCGUUAGCAUGGGCGUCGUGUGCAUCGUUAGCAUGGGCAUGGGCGUCGUCGGCGGCGUUGAGAUCCAAUCUGGCCUGGUAAGAGGGCCACUGGAAUCCACUGGAGUCCACUGGAGUCCACUGGAGUCCAUAUGGAUUACGUGGGGGAGGGUAAAGACCUCCAAUCAGGCAUGGGAUGAAUGGAUGCUCGAGGCACCUGAUGGCGACGACGAUUAUUAUCCUGAGCAAGAUUGUCUUACGGGGGACUUCGCUGUCCCUGAGCUUACCGACGACGAGCUCCUUCAAGGGUCUGAUCAAGAGGACUCCCCAAUCUUCAAACAUCGUAAAGGCGUUCUUGCGUCGCCAGGCCUCAUGAAGUUUAUGCCUUUGCCACCGAACAGUCCUCCCGCUGCCGGCCCUUCUCACACUUCUACCACUCCAGCCACUGGUUCCGCUGACGCACCCAUUCCUAUCUCCUUGUCACCUACACCACCUCUUGGCAUUUUGCCGCCUGUCACUCUGCUCCCAGCUGCAUCCGCAAACGCUCCGACGAUCCUCGUGGUUCCCCGCCUCAAUAUUCCUAAGGUGGAGAUGCACACACGUCGUGAUCGUCCCGCAAAGGCUCUCACCAAGAUGAAGAAUAUGCUCGUACUUGCGCCAAGCACGAAAUCCAAGGCCAGCAAACGCAAACGAAGCCCCAGCGAGGAAGGAGAGGAUAAGCAAUCGGACAAGUCGUUCGUUGCUAGUCCUCCUCCUCGUAAACGUGGGCGACCCCGUAAGAACUCGCCGGAGGUCAUCAACCCCGACUUGAUGCACGAUAAGAAACGCCUCCAUGCCCGAGCCUUGCGUUCUGCGCAUUUCACUUGCUGUGAAUACAGCCUCAAGCCUGUCCGUCGUGCGGAAGUCCGGAGCAUUCUGGGACGUCGCCCUGCUCGCUUGGCUCCUGAACUUAUCGUUUCUCAUAUCCAAGACGCUGUGUUCGAUCAACAGCACAUCCGCACGAAUCAAGCAAUCAUCAACUCCCUUAUGUAUCGUCGGGACACCAACAUGCACCGCGCUGCCCAAGCACUCUUCGAUCUCGCCGCUAUCGAAGGCAAGGAGAGCUUGGUCGGUACUAUUUUUCAAAUGCAGGACGACUUCGACCAUUAUUUCCCUUUCAUCAUGUCCUUCCUCGGUGACCUCAGUGCCCCUGUCGACGAUUCCGAAGAUGAAGAUGCCACCAAGAACUCUCGUGACAAUCUGGCAGAGAUGGCCGUUCCGUUUGUUUUCUUCUGA